AUGUCCUCGACACCAAUCACCCUGCAAAUUCGUCCACGAGGAAAGCCCAUCAAGGCUUUGCCCGAAUCGAUCGAACUCGACCCUAACGCAACCACUGCUGAAAUCUACUCCAAGCUUUCCCAAGAGACCCGGUUCUCGGUCCAUCAGCUACGGGUCACCAAAGGAAGUGAUGGUACGGUCAUCACCAAUUCGAAAGAUGUGUCGGCGCAUGCUACUGGACUGCGCAAUCAAAGCACCGUAUAUGUGAAAGACCUGGGAACCCAAAUCGCGUGGCGAACCGUCUUCAUUGUCGAGUAUGUAGGCCCGAUCCUCAUUCAUCCCCUCGUCUAUACUUUACGCCCAUAUGUGUAUCCUUCUGCGCCCAAGGAACCUUCUCAACUUCAAACUGUCACCUUAUGGCUAGUCGUCUUGCACUUCAUCAAGAGAGAGCUAGAGACCCUGUUUAUCCAUCGUUUCUCCGCUGCUACAAUGCCGCUGCGCAACAUCUUCAAGAAUAGUUUUCACUACUGGAUAUUGUCAGGAGUCUUAAUUGCAGCCUUUGUCUAUGCACCAUCAUCUGCAACUGCGAAGGCGCCCAAUCCUUUACUCUUGUACCCCGGAUUGGUACUCUACACGAUUGGAGAGUUGGGCAAUCUCCAAUCCCACCUCACUCUAAUGGGAUUGCGCAGUUCUGGGGGUACGGAAAGAGGGAUACCUCAAGGACCAUUGUUUAGAUUGGUGACUUGCCCAAACUACUUGACCGAGACAGUAUCAUGGAUCGGUGUUUAUCUCGUCAGCGGCCUGAGCUGGGGAGUCCUGAUCUUCUCCGUCAUUUCGGUGGCUCAAAUGGCGCAGUGGGCGAAGAAGAAGGAACGCCGCUACCGCAAAGAGUUUGGCGACAAGUACAAGAAGAAGAGAUACACCAUGCUCCCAGGAAUCUGGUAG